GCCAGAGGCGACGCGGCGGCCGGCGGGAGCGGCGGCAGAGCUGUUUGGCUGCACGCCAUUUGUGGAGAGCGAAGACCAGGCUGCGAGAACACUCAGCGCAAAGGCCACUCGGCCUCUCAGCGCAGAGGCCACUCAGCUCAGCUCUUGGUGGAAGCAGCCCUCCUGGCUAUGGGAGGGGCUGUGGUGGACGAGGGUCCCACAGGCGUUAAGGCCCCUGAUGGAGGCUGGGGCUGGGCCGUCCUCUUUGGCUGCUUCGUCAUCACGGGUUUCUCCUACGCCUUCCCCAAAGCAGUGAGCGUUUUUUUCAAGGAGCUCAUGCAUGAGUUUGGGAUUGGCUACAGCGACACGGCCUGGAUCUCCUCCAUCCUGCUGGCCAUGCUGUAUGGCACAGGACCACUCUGCAGCGUGUGUGUGAACCGCUUCGGCUGCCGGCCCGUCAUGCUUGUGGGCGGCCUCUUUGCGUCCCUGGGGAUGGUGGCUGCCUCGUUCUGCACGAGCAUUAUUGCGAUCUACCUCACCACAGGGGUUAUCACCGGUUUGGGUCUGGCUCUCAACUUCCAGCCCUCCCUCAUCAUGCUCAACCGAUACUUCAGCAAGCGGCGGCCUAUGGCCAACGGGCUGGCAGCGGCAGGCAGCCCCGUGUUCCUCUGCACACUGUCUCCACUGGGGCAGCUGCUGCAGGACCACUACGGCUGGCGGGGCGGCUUCCUCAUCCUGGGUGGCCUGCUGCUCAAUUGCUGUGUGUGCGCUGCCCUCAUGAGGCCGCUAGUGGCGCCCCAGGCGAGCGGAGGGGCUGGGCCCCCGAAGCCCCAGCAGCCGUCACGGCACCUGCUGGACCUGAGCGUCUUCCGGGACCGUGGCUUCCUCAUCUACGCGGUGGCGGCCUCCAUCAUGGUGCUGGGGCUCUUUGUGCCGCCCGUGUUUGUGGUGAGCUAUGCUAAGGAUCUGGGUGUGCCUGACACAAAGGCUGCCUUCCUCCUCACCAUCCUGGGCUUCAUUGAUAUCUUUGCCAGGCCUACAGCUGGCUUCAUCACGGGGCUCAAGAAGGUGCGGCCCUACUCUGUCUACCUCUUCAGCUUUGCCAUGUUCUUCAAUGGCUUCACUGACCUGACAGGCUCCACAGCCAGUGACUACGGUGGCCUGGUGGUCUUUUGCAUCUUCUUUGGCAUCUCAUAUGGCAUGGUGGGAGCACUACAGUUUGAGGUGCUCAUGGCCAUCGUGGGCACUCAGAAGUUCUCCAGUGCCAUCGGGCUUGUGCUGCUGCUGGAGGCUGUGGCUGUGCUCAUCGGACCCCCUUCGGGAGGCAAGCUGCUGGAUGCUACGAAAGUUUACAAGUAUGUGUUCAUCCUGGCGGGGGCCGAGGUGCUCACUUCCUCCCUUGUGCUGCUGCUGGGCAACUUCUUCUGCAUCGGGAAGAGGCCCCAGACGACACAGCCUGAGGGGGUGGCCUCAGAGGAGGAGAAGCUCCACAAGCCCCCUGUGGACGUGAGGGUGGACUCCAGAGAGGUGGAGCACUUCCUGAAGGCAGAGCCUGAGAAAAACGGGGAGGUGGUUCAUACCCCGGAAACCAGCGUGUGAACGGCCUGGCCGGGCGGGCAGGGAGCAGGGAAGAGGUCCAGAGACUGGCAACGCUCAUAUUUAUUUCACAAACAGGACCAGCUGAGGCGGGGCCAUCGGCUCAGCUCUGGCUGCCUGGUCAGCGGGUCAGUGUUUUUCGGGGAGAGGUGGCGGGGUGGGAACCGUGUCAUUCCAAAGUGGAUCUGUGGUGAAGCCAAGGAAGCCCCACAGUUACCAGCCGCCUAGACCGGGGACCCAGCCUGCUGUGCCGAGCAGUCUGUUCCUCUCCGCACCCUCCACUGUGGCCAAGGACCUAGAAACCCACACUUAGGAGACAACACGACUUUAAUCAGAGGGCAGGGCUGGGACAGGCUGGCAGGUGGGUGCUGCCUGCAGGGUCCUCCCUGACCCCACCAUCCUAGCCCCAUCUCCAGCCCGAGUCUCCUACAGUGCCAGUCAUCCUUGUCUGUCUAGGGGACAAAGAGCUCCUUCUACCUGAGAAGGCAGAAACAGACCUGCGUGUGGGAGGGCAUCAGAGGGCCUGUCUCCAGGAGCUGUCAGGCUCUGGGCAGUGGUCUGUCCACCCCAGUCCCACCUUUGUUCAAUAACAAACUGCUGAUUCUUAAAAAGUGGCUCUGAUCAUCACUAGCUCUCCUGGUUCUGCCUGCUGCAGGUCUCCGCUGCCCCUAGGGUCUAUUCAGUAGCCACAGCAUUCAUAAAGCAGAAAGAAAGGGGGAGGGGGGACAGCGAGGGAGGGAGCCUCACGCUAGAGAGGGGUGCCUGGGUGGCACUUGGAGGCCAUGGGGAACCCCUGGGGUGAGCUUGUUCACUGUGUGUGGGCUUCCAAGGUAAGUUUCCUGCCUUGUGUUUAUUCGCCCCUCUGGAGGGUCAGUAAACUUCUCUGUGU